AUGGAAGUUUUAACGGCCGUGGCAGCAUGGGCUAUUUCAUCUGCCUGUAAGGAGCCUUCGGUCGCUAGUUUUCUCGGGGGUAUCUGCCCUCGAAGGGACUACGCGAAGGAACUUGCAGAGAGGCUUUCCGAAACUGCCCACGUAUAUACUCCCGAGUCGGAUGACUUUGCCAAGAUAACAACACGCUGGUCGUUAUUGGGUCUCCCAGACGUGAAGCUCGUUGUGGUCCCGAGCAGUGAGAACGAUGUGGUAGAGACCGUGAAAUAUGCGAACACGCAGAAACUACCAUUCCUCGCACGUAGUGGUGGUCAUGGGUCUAUUGCGACACUAGGAAAAAUGAAGAAUGGCAUUGAAAUAUGGUUGAAUCAAUUGGACACUAUCGAAAUCGCGGACGACGGGACUACAGCAAAGAUUGGCGGAGGGGUAUUGGUCAAGAGUAUCAUUGACACACUCUGGGCGGCUGGGAAGCAGGCGGCAACUGGAUUCUGUGAAUGCGUCAGUGUUCUCGGUCCCGGAUUGGGAGGCGGACAUGGUCCUCUCCAGGGGCGUCAUGGGCUCGUGUCGGAUCAAUUCGUUUCGAUGACUGUCGUCCUAGCUGAUGGGAGUGUCCAAACCAUUGAUAAAGAAUCUGAGCUGUGGUGGGCUAUGCGAGGAGCUGGUCAUAAUUUCGGCAUUGUGACUUCUGCUACAAUCAAUAUUUUCGAUAUCCAGCAUCGCGAUUGGGCCUCGGAGAAUUUUAUCUAUACCGGCGACAAAGUCGAAGAGCUUUAUGCGAGGAUUAAUGAGCAUUUGCUCAAGAAUGGCACUCAACCGGUCGACGUCUUGAACUAUUCAUUCUUUUUCAACUUUCCGGCAAUUGAUGCGACGAAGCCUCUAGUUAUGUUCUAUGUCCUCCAAGAAGGCAAGAAAGUUGUCGACAAGGAAUUUACAAAACCAUUCCACGACCUUGGCCCCGUUUCUACCGAAGCUGUUGAAUUGAGCUUCACCGACCUACCCGCGUGGACGGGGAACGGCAACGACUCGCCGCCCUGCAAGAAAGCCAAUCUAGUCAACCUUCGUUUCCCGAUUGACCUCGCGACGUACAAUGUCGAAGCGCAACGAAAGGUGUACGACCUAUUCGCAUCCGCUACUCAGGAGACACCGGCGCUCAAUAACUCGCUGUUCCUCUUCGAAGGAUACGCGCUACAAGGCGUCAAAGCUUUCCCCGGCGAUUCAAGCGCAUUCGCUCUACGAGAUGAAAAUCUGCUCAUCUCCCCGUUGAUCACAUUUGCUCCAGAUGGUCCGGAGCUAGAUAAGAAAGCCCAUGAACUUGGUGAGAAUCUCCGUCGCAUAAUCCACGAAGGUACUGGUCGAGACAAGAUGCAUACAUACGUGAAUUAUGCCGCCGGAUCGGAAAAGAAGGAAAACUGGUAUGGUCACGAGCAAUGGCGGCAGGACCGUCUGCUCGCAUUGAAGAAUAAAUACGAUCCGGAGCGAAAGUUCAGUUUUUACGCGCCCAUCGCGUAA